AUGCGCACUAUCAUUGUCUCUCUGUUCGUUGUCGUCCUUGCCUCUGCGAUUCCCGCGCCAAUCGAUCUUCCCAAUCUACUCAAUCCUGUCAGUCCAGCUAGUCCAGCUAGUCCAGCUAGUCCAGUCAAUCAAGCCAACCCAGUCAACCCAGUCAACCCAGUCAAAAACCCAGUUGGGCCAAAGAAGGUGGUUCCGGGUACAGGCUUUAUGGUCCGGACCAAAAGGUUUAUCCCGGGUGUAAGUCAAUUGACUUGCCAGUUACCGGCAGAAAAUAUCGCUAACCUUGCUAAGAAAUGUUCAACAACCAAAAGGAUAUGCACCUCCACAGAGGGUAAAAAUAACUGGACUGUUGAAUGUAGCACCGAGGUAAGGACACUCCUACAGCUAUUCAUCUAUCAUAAAGUAUAUGUGUACUAA